UCUGGCGGCGCACCAGUGGCGCGCAGCAUGGAGAUGGGUGCCGCAGACGCUGAGCGGGAGCGCGCCUAUGCUCUGGCCGAGUCGCUCAACGCGCAGCUCGACGACCUCUCGCACAACCUCGGCUCGAUGAUCCACGAGGUCAAUGCGCUCUCCGCUCCCUCGGGCGCUGGCGGCGCAUCAGGCGACGGCUCGGGAGCGCUCACUCCCAACGGCGAGGAUGCCGUCUCGCAGAUCGUCGCCAUUCUCAACGCGCAUCUCGGCAGCCUGCGCUGGAUCGACGAGACGGCCGAGAGCCUGCGCGAGAAGAUUGAGAACCUGCGACGCGGCAACACGGCGCCCACACAGCCGUCGCAGUCCUACGGCGCACAGCAGAGCCUGCGUGGCAGCCAGCGCGGCGGCAGCGCCGCGCCGUCUUACCGUGCCUCUGUCACGCCCAGUCGGGAAGCCAGUGCCGGUCUCGGCGCCAGCCGACGAGGCUACGGGUUCUGAGCGGGCUGUCGCUAUCUAAUGCAUGCCUCGCGUUCUCUCCACGCCGCUGGGCCUGCUUCUUCGCUAGAUGACGUCCGUAUGACACCCCGUGCCCAUCUAGCUGAUACGCCCGCCUGAAAGG